AUGGAUCAGGUCAACUGUAUGUACUCUCCGCAUGUUCUCGUCGUGACCGCAGGCACCACAGUGGACAUAACCUCCAGCGACCCGGUUGCACAUAACGUCCAUUCUCAUGCCACGAAGAACGAGGCACCGAAUUGGCAGAUACCCGGUCCCGGUAAAGCGUUACCUCUGAAAUUAGAAAAACGCGAAGCCAUUAAGUUCACCUGCGAUAUCCACAACUGGAUGACAGGGUAUAUCUUUGUUACGGACAAUGACUAUUACGCUGUAACUGGAUACAAAGAUAAAGAGGGUAAAUGGAUCAGCUCCGACGCCUACGAAGGUUCAAGUGAUACAGGUGCCUAUAUGAUCAAAGAUGUCCCCGCUGGCAAAUACCGAGUGCAGGCAUGGCACGAAGAGCUUGGAACGACAAAAGCCUCGGUCAUCGAAGUUGCUGACAGCGGAGAGGUUGAGAUUAGCUUUACCAGUGCUGAUUUCAAGAAGAAGUAA